AUACAAAGACUCCUCACCGUGGACAGAUUUUAGGCGGAGUAAAACCUUUUCCUUCGCGUCUUCCCUUUUGCUUGUAAUUGCAGCUGUGCGUACCGCAAAACGGAUUAGGAGAGCGUCGUGACGGCAUCGUCUACGUACCUCUCUCACAAAACAGCGAGAGCUCAGCAAUAACAGCCCUCACCAUCAUUUCUUCAAGCUUCACCCAACAAAGCGCUCCACUCAAUGGGAUCCUGCACAAAACAGAGGAGACGAAAUCGUUCACCACCACUCUAUUACCGAAUCUGAUAAUUGCAACUGAGCGCUUUUUCUACUCAGCCUACCUAUUCCGCAUUCUGACUACAUAUUUACAGAAGCUGAGCACAUUUCCUGAGCUUCCUUCUAUAGUAAGGGGAUUGGGGUAUGACCGACGCCCCGACUCCCCAUCUCCAACUCCGUUCUAUCAGUUGUAGGAGCGCUUCGCAGCAUGCUAUCGCCGAGAAGAGGGGUCGAUCACCGAGCAAGGCCAGCCGCUACGCUUCUAACCCAGGUUGCUGUCAUUGCAACCUUCGUUGCUAUGAGCGCUUGUAUGCCAGGGUCUUCUUUAGUAUGCCCACGUAGCUUGGACUGUGCCCGAGCAGGGAGGCAUUUCUGCCAGCCGGGCAGCUCCCACUGCGGCCCCUGCCUCACCCCGCUGGUAGAGAACUCACGUGGCAGAUGCAUAGUGAAGAGGAGGCACAGUCACAACCCUCAAUUUGGCAAAGUGACCAUUUUCCCUGAAGUGGAUGAGGAGAUAGACUUCCUGUCCACCAUCAUCAGCCAACAGAAGACUGAAUCAGGGGUCAAACAUCCAGCUCCUCCCUUUCAGGAUGUUACUAAAGUCAAGGAGGAGAAGGAUGACAGAUCAAUGGUCCUCACCCAACGGCCUACCACAGAGCAGCCUAUGACACACGGCAGCACUACAGUCCCUCCACCCAACUCUAUCACUACAGCCAACACCACCACUACCAGCCACACCCCAGCAGUACGCAGCGGUCCCCUGAUCAUCCCUUACCCCUCCAACAAUCGUGUGUUUAUCAUCAUGACCAGUGUGUUUGUGGUCGUGGGAUCUGUUGCCUUGCUCUUGGCUGGUGUCUGUUGGAUUAGGUUGCAGAGAGGUGUGCGACUGUCUCAGAAGGUAGACUACCCAGUUUAUGGGGGGAUGGGGCCCCGUUCCUAUGACAACGAUGUGCUUGGGGAUAAGAGGCUGGCUCAGAGUGCCCAGAUGUACCACUACCAACACCAGAAACAGCAGAUGCUCUGCCUGGAAAAACACAGGGAUGAACCCAAGGUGCCUGACUCCGGUGCCACGUCAGAUGAGGAGAAUGAGGAUGGUGAUUUCACGGUGUACGAGUGCCCUGGACUGGCCCCAACGGGAGAGAUGGAGGUGAAGAAUCCUUUGUUUGAUGACUCCACCCUUUACCUUCAGAGGAGCCACAAGUAACCCUGACAACCCUGGACAUUCUGAUAUGCACCUAUAAAACAUAUCAUCCUACAUGUACAGGAAGAUGAAAUCACACUCAAUCCCUUACACACCUACAAACACUCAUCAGGUUUCUCUGUCUAACCUUUUGAGUUGUCCCACAUAAUACACUACUUACAUGAGG